AUGUCCUCCCCAAAGCGCGCGAUCAUCGACCUCACGCACCCGCUCGUCCCUGCAGGCGUGCCCGCCUGCCCUGGCCACCCAAUCUACAACGCAGAGCUCAUCUCCUCGCUCUCCGCCGGGGCGUUCGCGAACGUGCACGCGCUCUCGCUCGGCUCGCACACAGGCACGCACCUUGACGCGCCGUACCACUUCUUCAUGGACGGCGCGCCCAUCCACGCGCUCGACCUCGAGCUCCUUGCCGCAGCGCCCGCGCUCGUCGUAGACCUCCGUGCGAAGCCCGCGCACGCCCCCAUCACCUGGGCGGACCUCACUCCGCAUGCGCACGCGAUGCGCUCCGGCGUCGCGCUCCUCCUCUGCACCGGCUGGUCGCGGUUCUAUGGGCAGGAGAACUACAGCGACCAUCCGUGGCUCGAACCUGAUGCGGCGCGCCGCGUGCUGGAGAUGGGCGUGCGCGUCAUCGGCAUGGACGCGCUCAGUCCGGACGAGUGGGCCGCCGGCGUGGACACGGGGAUGGUGCACCGGAUCGUGCUCGGGAGCGGGGGAGUGAUCGUGGAGAAUUUGUGUGGGCUCGGCCGGCUAGUGGAGAGCGGGUGGGAGCGGCCGUUGGUGAGCUUGCUCCCGCUGAAUCUGCAGGGGUGCGAUGGGAGCCCGAUCAGAGCUGUGGCUUGGGAAGGAAAGGAGGAAAGCGGUUCGUCGGUAUAA